AUAAGAGCUUUGGGACGGCCGUCAAUAUGGCAGCGCAGAAAGCUGCUCUUCUUGCGGGCGGAGUAGCAGUUCUGGGAUUCGUUGGUCUUGCAUAUAAAUACCUGCGAAAGACAGAACAACUUGUUCGCGUGGGAGUUGUGUCGAAGCUCCUCAUUCACCCUCUGAAGUCUGGCAAAGCUGUGUCUGUGACUCUGGCAGAAUGCCAACAGAAGGGUCUGAAGUUGGGAGAUCUGCAGGAUCGACACUGGCUGGUGGUGACGGAGGACGGCCACAUGGUGACGGGCCGACAGCAGCCUCGUCUGGUGCUGGUGUCGCUGCACUGUGAGGGAGGUCAGGUCUGUCUGAACGGCCCAAACAUGGAGGAGCUGAGGUUCCCCAUCAAGCAGUCCGAAAACGCCGUCAUCGACUGCAGAGUGUUCGGAGUCGGGAUCCAGGGACGGGAUUGCGGCGAUGAAUCAUCUCGCUGGCUCACUGGUUAUCUGGGGGAGGAGUCGACCUUUCGCCUGGUGCACCAUGAGCCCCAGAUGACGGGCAGGAGGCCGGAGGAGAGCAGCACUCUUCCCCAAAAGCUUGAGGAGGUGGUCUAUGCAGACAUGGGACCUGUGAUGCUGCUGUCAGAGUCCUCCGUCAAGGAUCUCAGCAGCAGACUCCAGCAGGACGUCACGGUGGAGCGUUUCCGCCCAAACAUCGUCGUCAGUGACUGUGAAUCAUUCGAUGAGGAUUGGUGGGAGGAGAUCCAGGUCGGCAGCGUGCGACUGCAGCGCGCGAUAUCAUGCGGACGAUGUGUGUUCACCACCGUUGACCCUGAAACGGGAGUGAUCACCAGGAAAGAGCCUCUGGACACACUGAAGAGCUAUCGUCAGUGCGAACCAUCCGAGAAGCACAUCUACAAGUCGUCUCCGUUGUUUGGACAGCUGCACAACGUGAAGAAGACGGGGAUCCUGCAGGUCGGCGAUGUGGUGUACAAGAUCAGCCGCUGAUGGAGUCAAACUAUUCUCCCGGUGUAAUGAGUGAGCUAGGCCACAGUAGAGAAAGCACUUCAAUAGAUGCAGGAAGAGGAAGUGCAACACCCUCUUCACUGGUCAGUACAUGCUGCUGUUAACGAGAGGAAUCAAGCCGUCUUUGAUACAGUACUCAACAUGUCGAGUUAUUCCUGCAAUAAAAGAGCAACUGCUGCACAACAACAACAACCUGCUUUCAGGACAAAUCAUUUCUGAUGAUGGUUUAUUCACAUGAUAAACUGUUCUCACAUCGAACACUGUACAUCUUCACGUCUUCAUCUUUUAAGGCACAGGUUUGUAAUUUUAAGAAAUUUCAAAUGGAUUGUUUGCACAAAAUGACAAAAACUGAUUGUAUUCUUUUAAUCAUUAGUAGUUAAUUAAUUCCCAGGCUGGCAAAAUGACAUCAAAAAGAGAUAAUAAUCUAUAUUUGUACAUUCUAUAUGAUUACGUAAUAACAUCAAAGAAGAAAGUAGUACUUUGGAAAUGAACAUUGUUUUACGUCUUGUCAGCAGGAACAGAAGAACUACUGACAGCAUGGACUUCUGAUACUAUAAAGAGCUAAAGCUGUUCUGUGUCACUUGUCACAGUCGGACUGUAGACCAGUAGAAGAGUUCGGUGAGAGUCUCCGUAACGUUCUGGUCUCUUUAGAACAGUUCUAGUUCCAUACGAUGGCCAGUAGGGAGCGCUGUGCCUUCACUGACCACCUUAACAGCCCGUAGACUAGAGGGAGGUUCACUUCAGGUCACCUUUAAAUAUGUUGCUUUAAACAACCUGUGGAUUUGUAUUUUGCACCAGUGACACUAAAGCUGAUUAUAAGAAGGGACUAAUAAGAAUAAAGUGUUUGAUACAGAAGAUCUAUUGGCAAGAAGGUUUCCAUUGCUGCCCACAUCCUUCUUAAUGACAUGAGUUCAACAACACUGCUCCACCGCUGCUUUAAAACAUGUUGAUGUUGAUGUCUGAACGUGAUUCAUGGUGGAGCUUCUUUUAUCUUCAAAUGUGGCUUGAAUUAAUAAUUCUAAUCCAUUAAUAUUACUCUUUGAGUUUGAGCUGUUCUGUUAGUUUGUUUCUUAAACUCCUGAAUGAGAAUAGACUCUCACUGUAUGUGUUGUGUCUCUACACUGAGUGAGUAGAAGUAGUGCUCCAGAGCUCUUUUUGUGUCCAUGUGGAAACAAAGGACUCUGGUUUCAUCUUGAAGUGUUUCUAUCACAGAGGUUCAACCACUAGCUGCAUCUGCUCCACAUGAGUAACAGAGUAAUAUAGAUGAUGGUGAGCUCAUACAGGGCUCUUGUCUUACGCUGUCAAUGGUUCUGAUGGGAUGUGUUUUUACUGAAGAAGUCUUACGACUACAUCCAUGUGAAGCUCUACUUACUGGAGGCACGGUGGUGUUUGAGCUAAAUGCUAACAUCAGCAUCUGUUUAUCAGUCUCUUAGUUUAGUGAGUUAGCAUGUUGGCAUUUAAAGCAUACUUAUGUUUGCAGGGUCUUAUGGUCCCCGGUUUGAUAUUCUGUUAACACACGUUGAGUAAACUCAUAAGGUAUUAUGUUGUCAGGGACUCAUUUUCCUAUAUGUGUUACCUUUACACGAGCUCCCACCAUGGCCUAUGUCACAGUAAACAGAUGGAGCUGGGGAACAUAUUGUUCAGGUCCCCGUAGAGCUUGGGAACCAGCUCUAUCCCAUUCCUAGUUUGGCAAAAACAUAGUUCUAAAGCAAACACGAUCUUUUCCAAAACCUAAUCCAGUAUUUGUAUUGCCUAAACCUAAAUGACACCGACGGGUCCUGACCAAUCAAUGUGACGAAUUGUGAAUGAGAACGGACUGUGGGAACAUUGGACCCUGGAGAGCACAUAGGUCUGGGAAACAAAGAACCGUGUGAACACAGGACCCACCUGACUGCAUGUCUUUAGGCUGCAGGAGGAAACCCAGACAGCACACAAACUCUGCACUUUGAAAAAACAAGUUCAUUUCACUUUGCAUUUCUAAGUUGGAAUAACAGAAUGAAGUAAAUACAACUAAAUGUAAGUCAACUUAACAGGAUAUAAAGUAAACAUAAAGUUAUAUUUUCUUGACUUUUUCAAGGGAAUGAAGUAAGAUCAACAGGUCAGAUUUUACAGUGUAUAUUCAUUCUGCCACUGCGAUGCACUCCAAUUGUUUAAAAAGGCACUACAACUACAAUGGUUGGUACAUUUGUCAUGUGUAUGAACUCUACCUCGAGCCAUGUUGCAUGUCAACUUCACUGCAAGGAACAUGACUAAAUGACUGAAAGCUCUCUUCAGAGGCUCCGCCCCUUCAGAGGCUCCGCCCCUCCAGAAGAACAGCCGCAGGUGAAGAGACGCGCUAAUGGAGCCGUUGUGUCUCUGACUUUCAAGGAAACAGGUUUUUUUGUCUUUUUGUGAACCAAUGUGUUGAAACAUGAAGUCAAAGGUCCCAGAA